AUGUCUUCCUCUCAGCAUCACCCUGCCGAGAAAUGGCCCCAACACAACCAGGAGGAGGCUUCGCCGGCAGAUACUAAUUCUCUUGCUGAGUCUACGUCGACAGAGGAUACCGAAGAACUACAACAAAUUGUCACACAAGCUUCGCGACAGUCGGGGUCUUUGGCCAGAAAGACCACCACAAUCGGCACUAACGCAACGUCGGACCCGAGGUAUGAAGUCGACUUUGAGGAUGAACAUGAUCAGAUGAACCCCAAGAACUGGUCACUCAGGUACAAAGGGAUGGGAAUUGCGUUUCUGUCCUGGAACACUCUGGUUGUUGUCUUGUACUCCACCUCAUAUACCUCUGGCGUCGCAGACAUCGCGGCCGAGUUUGGGACUUCAAGCACCAUUGUUACCUUAGGCCUUACUCUAUACCUCAUCGGUCUUGCUGUUGGAUCUAUGUUUAUGGCACCCUUGAGUGAAGUGUACGGUCGAAAGCCCGUAUCUGUGGGUUGCUUGUUUGUUUUCAUGGUCUUGAUCAUACCCUGUGCACGCGCGGAGUCCGUAGCUACUCUCAUCGUUGUACGAUUCAUUGGGGCUUUCUUUGGUAGUGUCAUGAUUUCAACUGCGCCAGGAAUGGUGUCAGAUCUAGUCAAUGAUGAAGAGCGAGCUCUCGCCAUGUCGAUUUGGAGUAUCGGCCCCGUAAACGGCCCAGUCUUGGGUCCCAUUAUUGGAGGCUUUGUCACACAAUAUCUCGGCUGGCGUUGGAUGGACUGGAUCGCGCUGAUGCUAUCCGGCGUCGCUCUAGUAUUUUCAUUGAUAAUGAAAGAGACAUACGGUCCCAUGAUACUCCAGAAGAAAGCUGCCCGCAUGCGUAAAGAGACCGGUGACCCCUACUGGAGCCGAUACGACCAAAAGGCUAGUCUAGGCGAGAUCCUGAAAGUGAAUCUGGGCCGGCCUUUCGUCAUGGCUGUCACCGAGCCUAUCUGCAUAUUCUGGAACAUCUACAUCGCCAUCGUCUACGGCAUCCUGUACCUCUGCUUCACCGCCUAUCCCAUCGUCUUCCGCGACAUUCGCGGCUGGUCCCUCGGACUCUCAGGCCUCGCCUUCCUGGGCAUCGGCAUUGGCUGCCUCAUAACCAUCGCCUGCGAACCCCUAAUCCGCCGCAUGAUCAACAACCACGCAAUCGACCCCGAGACGGGGAAAGUUCCCCCAGAAGCCAUGGUCUCGAUCGUAUGCAUUUCCGCCAUCUUAAUCCCCGCCGGUGAACUCUGGUUCGCAUGGACGUGCGCCCCGGCAUCCAUCCACUGGAUCGUGCCCAUCCUCGCCGGAGUUCCAUUCGGUGCUGGGAACACGGGCGUGUUCAUCUAUGCGUCGAAUUAUCUGUCGUAUAGUUAUGGAGUGUACGCUGCAUCCGCCAUGGCGGGAAAUUCUGUCAUUCGUAGUAUCCUGGGCGGUGUUUUGCCCUUGGUGGGUACGUAUCUCUAUGCUGGGAUUGGGCCUAAUUGGUCUGGGACGUUGCUUGGGCUGCUUGAGGUUGCUAUUAUUCCGAUUCCGAUUGUGUUCUACAAGUAUGGAUACAAGAUCCGGAGGAAGAGUGCCUUGAUUGUGCAGAUGCAGGAGGAUAAGAAGAGAUUGGAGGGGAAGCGAAUGCGUCUCCAACAACGACUAGAGGCGAAAGCGAACGCAGAGGCAACCGAGAAGGAGAAGGUGGAGGUUUAA